GCAAUAUACUGCCCCACCGCGGGGUAUUCAGCGCAAUGAUUUCACUGUCGAUUCACUGCUGAUCGGCGAGCAAAAAGCUGCCCCGCCAUUGUUAGGUUCCGUUCUUGUUCCGUUAUCAAAAUCUCGCGAUCGCCUCGUCUUUCUUUUUUGAACCUCUCCCUUUCCAAUCGUACCCCCUCACAAUCACAGGCUUUGAUCUGCAGUGUCUUGUCUUUCUGAUACCGCAUCCAGAUACCCAUCCGCUUUCGCUUCUUACAACGCAUUUUGGUUCCUCAGACGCAAUGGCUCCUCGUACCAAUUUCCCACCUGUUCGGGCCUGUCUUUUCGACAUGGACGGCCUCCUUCUCGACACCGAAGACAUCUACACCAAGUGUGUCAACAUCAUCCUCGAAAAGUACGGCAAGGGAACCCUCCCAUGGUCCAUCAAGGCCAAGCUUCAGGGUCGCCCUGGUCCUCAAGCCAAUAAAAUCUUCCAUGACUGGGCUCAACUUCCCAUCACCUCUGAGGAGUACGUCGCCGAGAACACUACGCUCCAGAAGCAGCUGUUUCCCCACACAAAGCCUCUCCCUGGCAUCGUCGACUUGCUUGGUCACCUAGGCCGUACCCGAUACUGGGAGGUCAAGGACGGCGCUGCUACUGAAGAUAAGGACAAGUCCGGAAGUGAGCCUCAGCGUGUUCACAUCGCGCUGGCCACUAGCUCUCACCUUGGCAACUUCCGUGUCAAGACAAACCACCUCGAGGAGCUUUUCGCUGUUUUCCCUUCCCACCGUCGUGUUCUCGGUGACGACUCCCGCCUGACUCCUGGUCGUGGAAAGCCCCUGCCCGACAUCUUCCUUCUUGCUUUGAAGACUAUCAACGACAGCCUUCCUGCUGGUGAGCGACCAAUCACCCCCGAGGAGUGCCUUGUUUUCGAAGAUUCUGUCCCUGGCGUUGAGGCUGGUCGUCGCGCCGGUAUGCGCGUGAUCUGGUGCCCCCACCCGAUGUUGAAGAAGGAGUACGAUGGACGGGAGGCUGAGGUCCUUGCUGGACGCACUGGUGAGGCUGGAGAAGUCGACCUCCAUCAGGUUGGUGAGCUUGACGAUGGCUGGGCCGAGUACAUGCUCAGCCUUGCUGACUUCCCUUACGAGAAGUUUGGCAUCGCCGUACCCCCUGUCGAAGUUGAGCAGGAAGAUUGUAUGAAAGAGGUACCCGAAGAGAUCGUUGCUGAAGUCUAGGAGACUGAGCCUAUCGUUCCUGGCGGGCCGCUGGUGAUGAAGAAAUCGUUGGACUUUGGUCUGCGCAACUAGAUGCAUGGAAAAUGCGUCAUUUUUCGUUUCACUUCUUGCGAAUGACCCUUGACGAGAACACGAUGAGAACGGAACGGAUUAGACAAAAAGUUAUGGUGUAAAGAAAUUGCUAUUAUAUAGUUGGCUUGCUUUGUUGCGUUCUUCACGCACGAGAAUAGAUAAUGAAUCUCAGGACAUGAUAUCAAAACAAGAAUCCAUUACCUAUUUCUAUGUGACAUGUCAUGAC